UUAACUUUUUUUACUUUCCUCCGUUGCGUCUCAUUAAACGCCAUGAUCUUCGACUUCUCCAUCUCCAUCUUCAUCCUCUCUCUCCUCGUUUCCUCAUCCAACGCCAAACCAACCUUAACCAUCUCCCCGAAAACUCUAAACCGAUCCGGCGACACCGUCCUCAUCAAAUGGUCCAACCUCGACUCUCCCUCCAACCUCGACUGGCUCGGCAUCUACUCACCACCAAACUCCCCUCACGACCACUUCAUCGGCUACAAAUUCCUCAACGCCUCACCCACAUCCAAACAAGGCUCCGGCUCCAUCUCCCUCCCUCUCACAAACCUCCGAGCAAACUACACAUUCCGUAUCUUCCGUUGGACGCAACCCGAGAUCGACCCGAAACGCAUGGAUCACGACCAGAACCCUUUGCCGGGGACGAAGCAUCUUCUGGCGGAAUCGGAGGAGGUGAGUUUCGGGUCCGGUGUAGGGAUGCCGGAGCAGAUUCAUUUGGCCUUUGGGGAUAAGGUUAUAGGAUGCGGGUUACGUUUGUGGCGGGGGAUGGAGAGGAACGGUUUGUGA